AUGUUACGAGCGGCUAUUAUUUUAUUGACUGUCCACAUUGUCUUCUCUCAGAAUGACAAAUGUUUGCCCAAGAAGUCUCUUCAAAGAAAGCUGUGUUCAGUCAAAAUGUCACAUUUUCAUGUCUUAAGAGUUAAGGUUCUUAGGGACCUUUCGUCAACCCCAGAGGAAAACCAUAGGUAUAAAGUUAGAGUCCUUCAAAGAAUGAACAAAAUGACUGAGAAAGAAAGAAACUCAAAGAAAUUAAAUAUGAGACCAAUUAUUCGUGCAUUCUUUAAAAACCUUGCACCGAAGAAAUUAAAUAUGAGACCAAUUAUUCGUGCAUUCUUUAAAAACCCUGCACCGAAGAAAUUAAAUAUGAGACCAAUUAUUCGUGCAUUCUUUAAAAACCCUGCACCGAAGAAGAUAUUUCGAAAUGUAGAAAUUCCGAGAGAAUGCAUGCUUACUUUAAAAAAGAAAUAUAUCCUAAUAGCCAAGUAUGAUCGGAAUUCAGAAAACGUCCGGGUGGAUUGUAACGAUAUACUGGAUUGGGAAUCACUUUCAGGAUUUCAAAAGGGUCGAUUACGUCGUGGAGGCUACAGUUGUGGUAUAGAGAUAUGCAUCAAUGAUUGUGUGGAUAACGAGGGAUGUGCUUCUACCCAUGUGCCGCUUGCUUGUAGAAUGGAAAAGGAAGAAGAAAAUUGCUAUGACAAAUAUGCAGAGUGCAAACCUAAUGUUGAAACAUCGAGCGGGGAUUGGGAAAUGCAAGACAAAGUUUUCAGUUCAUGCCAACAACUGGAAAAUCCCAUUCCGGUUUUUGUAGAUCCUUCAGGUUCCGGAAAUGGAACCGAGCCUACAGCGGUUCCGUGAUGUUCAUUAUAUUAUAAUAAUUCCUUGGAAACAUUACUU